GCAAGAGCUUCUGUUGGAUGGUGCACUGCCGACGUGCUUGCAGCUCCAACGCGCGCAGAACGCCAACGGGAAGCGCGACGAUAGAGCUGGUUCGCUGGAGAUUUCUGCCAAUACCCAUUCAAUCCGCUCUACUUCACUGCUGACUGAUCGAUAGGCGCGAAGAGGACUCUGCCUCGCCGCGAUCUCGUGAACUUGAUCCUUUCCCCCAUUCAAGUUCAACCAUAUGAAUUACUCGCGACGUGUUGGCGCUUGGUUAUUCGCACUGCCUUUUCGCUUCGUUCGAGCAUGUGUGUAUUGCGGUAGAUUGGAGAUGAUAUCCGUUUGGCUCCUGUUUUUAAAGCUACUGCGAGCCACUACUGGUGUGAAAAGGCCAAAUGGGAGUGAAAUAAACGAAGGGAGAAAAGACUCUUUAAAUCAGCAGCAAAAAGAGCAAAAAUACCUAUCUGAGUCUGUCACCAUGGAGACUGGCCAGCUUACAGAAAGGGCUGAUGUAAAAGAUUGUAAAACAGAUCCUGAGGUUGUGGAAGAGGAGAAAAUCCAGCAGGGCAGUGGGGAUGAAGUAGAAUGCACCAACAUAAAUUUCCCCGAAUGUCCAGAUACUGAAAAGAGCAGCUCCCCGAUCACAGAGCAAUACAAAGGGAACGGCAUGCCUGGCAAAUCUGAGAGCUCCUGUGAAACCAACAGAAGUGCAAACCCUCAGGAGGACACCAUGGUAAAUGAGACUGAAAGAGAGGUGGCAUGUGUCAGAGAAUGUGUGCCACCUCCGGAGCCUGACACAGAGCAGAGAGCCCAGAGUCAGUCAGUGGAAGGGGAAGGCAACCAUCCAUGUCCUCUUGGUGCCAAGGAGUCAGAGCACAAAGAACUACAGGAGAGUCUGAAAAUAAUACAAGAGACUGUGCUGGAGCAGCAAAUUGGAGGUUUAGAUGUUUCUGAUGUCUCCACAGAAUUGUGCCACGACAAUGAGCGAGAUGAUCUGAGCGAGUGUCUGCAGGUGGAGAUGGCCAUUGUUUCCUCAGACAGUGAAGCUGAAGAGCAGUGGAAGUCUGUGUUUUCUCGUGUCGUUGAUGAAGAGGAAAGCAGUGAUAUUGUAGGACCAGAUAUGUCACAUGACAGUGAAGAGACAAGCAACCUAGACCAUGCAGCCGAGGAACACAGUAACACCCUAUCGCAGAGCAAAUGUGAACCUGAAGAUGAAGCACUAGUGACAACAGCAGAAAGCGAUGAUAUUCUGGAACAACCUGAAAGUCUCAUAGAAUGCGAGUCAGAAGACAACCAGUAUGAGAUGGUGAUGCACUACAGCAGCUUGUCCAAGAUCCCAGGGGACGAUGAGGGUCUCAGACAAAGUGCCAAGCAUGGCCUGCAGCGCUUGUCUGCCUCAACCUCCGAGCUGGACAGGGAGUUGCCACAGGACCACAGAGUGAUUGAGGAGUCAAAGAGUGAGAACGUCAGCUCAGAGCACCUGGACUUCAGGACAACCAGGCAGCAGUGGAGGAGGAUGGAGGAGGAGAGCAAGAGCCAGCUGCAUCAGCCCACUGCGAGGCGUGGCAACUGCCAGGGCACACACAGCACCAUGUACACACCUGUGCGUAACCUGGAGAGACCCAAGCGUGACCCAGAACCAGAAGGCCUAAGCCUUGGAGACUACCAGUAUACCCAGUUCAGCCCAUGCUCCGAGGACUCAGGAAUGGAUGACACAAGUUACAGGUCUCAGUAUGAUGAGCCCGAGACUCCAGUCGAGAGGGCAAUUCGCGAAACUAUGGAACGAGAGGAAAGUUUCCGAAGGGAGCGGGCCAUGUCAAGACCGUCCUCUGGUGACACUGUCCAGGGCAAACCCAGAUCAUUGACUCUCUUGACAGGCAGGUCAGAGCCAGAGGAUAGACGAAGGAUGUAUAACACACCGGAGGACAGGUGCAGGUCACAGAGAUCCCCCAGCUCCAAAACACCAACCUUCUCCAUCACCACAUCGCCAUCAUCGCGAUCGUCCUACCAUGAGAUGGUGGCUAACAAUGUCAUCAUUCUCGAGCCAGAUUCAUAUCCUGCAAGCCCGAGGCACAAGGGCAAAGGCCUUCUCUCACCCGGGUCAAACAGGUGUGCCAAAUGGUCCUCGGACAUGUCCAACGUCAUCAUACUGGAAACAUCCAAUCUCAUUAUCCGUAGUGCCUCAGAAUUCUGCCUGAACACUAUGUGCCAUGAGCCUCAGGAGAGCACAUUCCACAAAAACCCCUUCUUCAAGCUGAGAUCACGCAGCACCCAGUCACUGGUGGACCAGGAGAUCAAGGUGGUCAGGCAGAGAGAAGAGGAGUUCAAGAGACAGAGGGCACAGCUGUACAACCGAGAGAAAUACGACACCAUUCUGGUGUCUCCAAAUUUACUCUCACAGGAGAAAUUCACCUAUGACAGAGCAGGAGAGAUACCUGCGAAAUGCAAGUCCUCCCCUUCCUCCCCCUCCAAGAUACGCAAAAUGGACCGUUCUGCCUUGUCAUGUGAUCAGAAGUUCCCCGAAGCCCAUUACACUGGAGUGAGGCGGAAGAGUGCCCUGGUCCAGAGAUGGGAAGCAGGGAUCUUCGCAAAUCAUCAGCCACAGGACUGAACGAUGACACCACACAGCACACGCAUUCAUCUAUUCAGAUAAUCAGAAUUCAUGAAACUCUAUGAUCAUGAAACACAGCACAGGCAUUCAGCUAUUCAGAAUUCAGUUACUUGAAAUGAGGCUGCUGUGCUGUUCACCUUUUAACGUAUUUUAAUGUAUUGUUUUAAGUCAUAUAAAUGCACCUCUAUUAAUUUCAUACUAUAUUUUCUCCUCUAUAAAUUUUUAAAUAUGACAAAAAGCACAGUUUAUAAAAUCGCACUGCAUUCUGAAAAAAAAGAAGAAAAAACAAAUUUUAUUAUUCUGAUUUCAGCUAUUUGUAAAUGAAUGAUCUGCACUAUUUGAAUAAUUAAUGUAAACUUUGAAAUAAUGAUUCUAUAAAUUUAUCUUAGAUUAUUUCCCGCAAGUGACUUCAUUUAUGGAAUGUAAAACGUAAAUAGUCCUAUCAAAGCCAAUGAAAUGAUCCCACAUGCAGACUUAUGAGAUAUUUAUUUGAUGCAGCAGUCAAAGGUACAUGCUCAAGAAUUUAACAAAUACAAAGCACACCUCUGGUACUCUGUCAAUGCUUGGACCAUAGUUCAUUUUGGCUUUUUAAAUUUUUAGCUUCAGUGUUGAUCCAUUUAAUCCUGAAAUAUAAACUUGUGCAUUUUGCACUGAAUGUUUUGUUUGGUGAACUGUUUCAACAUUCUUGUUAUCAGAAAUGACUAUUGCCUGCUAAAUAUGACAUCAUUCAUUUUUGUGAGCAAAUGAUUACAGAAUAAAACUAUGUAGUUGUUCAUAUUUAUUAUUAUUAUUUAGUUUGUUGCAGGUGGUAAAUUAAUUCUCAGCUUGAUAUUUUUUUUCCUUUACAGUAUCUUCCCAAUACAGCAUAUUCAUUUGAAAUAAAGAGAUAUCAAUUACUGAAAA